UUUCUUGAAAAGGCUCCAGGCUUCGGCUUGGAAAAUCCAACCGCCAAAAUUGAGCCCAGUAGCUGGAGCGGCAGCGAGAGCCCUGCCGAAAACAUGGAAAGGAUGAGUGACUCUGCAGAUAAGCCGAUAGACAACGAUGCCGAAGGAGUCUGGAGCCCCGACAUUGAGCAGAGCUUUCAGGAGGCCCUGGCUAUCUAUCCACCGUGUGGGAGGAGGAAAAUCAUCUUAUCAGACGAAGGCAAAAUGUAUGGUAGGAAUGAACUGAUAGCCAGAUACAUCAAACUCAGGACAGGGAAGACGAGGACCAGAAAGCAGGUGUCUAGUCACAUUCAGGUUCUUGCCAGAAGGAAAUCUCGUGAUUUUCAUUCCAAGCUAAAGGUAACAAGCAUGGAUCAGACCGCAAAGGACAAGGCCCUGCAGCACAUGGCAGCCAUGUCAUCAGCGCAGAUCGUCUCCGCCACUGCCAUUCACAACAAGCUGGGGCUGCCUGGGAUUCCACGCCCCACCUUCCCAGGGGCACCGGGGUUCUGGCCUGGAAUGAUACAAACAGGGCAGCCAGGAUCCUCCCAAGACGUCAAGCCCUUCGUCCAGCAGGCCUACCCCAUCCAGCCAGCGGUCACAGCCCCCAUUCCAGGGUUUGAGCCUACGUCAGCCCCAGCUCCCUCGGUCCCUGCCUGGCAAGGGCGUUCCAUUGGCACAACCAAGCUUCGCCUGGUGGAAUUCUCAGCUUUUCUUGAACAACAGCGAGACCCAGACUCGUACAACAAACACCUCUUCGUGCACAUUGGGCAUGCCAACCAUUCUUACAGUGACCCAUUGCUUGAAUCCGUGGACAUUCGUCAGAUUUAUGACAAAUUUCCAGAAAAGAAAGGUGGCUUAAAGGAACUAUUUGGAAAGGGCCCUCAAAAUGCCUUCUUCCUCGUAAAAUUCUGGGCCGACUUAAACUGCAAUAUCCAAGAUGAUGCCGGGGCUUUUUAUGGUGUAACCAGCCAGUAUGAGAGUUCUGAAAACAUGACAGUCACCUGUUCCACCAAAGUGUGCUCCUUUGGGAAGCAAGUAGUAGAAAAAGUAGAGACGGAGUAUGCAAGGUUUGAGAAUGGCCGAUUUGUAUACCGAAUAAACCGCUCCCCAAUGUGUGAAUAUAUGAUCAACUUCAUCCACAAGCUCAAACACUUACCAGAGAAAUAUAUGAUGAACAGUGUUUUGGAAAACUUCACAAUUUUAUUGGUGGUAACAAACAGGGAUACACAAGAAACUCUCCUCUGCAUGGCCUGUGUAUUUGAAGUUUCAAAUAGUGAACAUGGAGCACAACACCAUAUUUACAGGCUUGUAAAGGACUGAACAUGAUUAUUUAUAUAUAUAGAUAUCUGUAUAUACACACACCUAUGUGCACACACACACUCUCCAUUAUUGAACGACUGACUGUAAACCUCACCACGUGGGUGGUGUCCUGGCCCCGAGGUCACCCCAACUUUUCUAAAUCCUGUUUGAGUGAAGUCAUUUUUUCAUGUGUUCAUACUAUCAUUGUAGCUGUGAAGUUCUGGUACAGUUGUAAAGAGAAAUCGAGUUGUUUCUAUGUGUUCUUCAGAUCUGCAGCCCAUAAUUCCUCGGGAAAGGAAAACCUAAACAACCCAGGUCUCUCUCUACAGAGACCUGUUUCUUAUUGUGGUAGAAAAUAUUAAGACAGAGCAUUGCCCAUGGGACAUUUACUGCCUUUACACAAAUGUAUUUAGUUCUCUUUUUUUUUUCCAACAUGAAAUUCUUGUUUUAAGAUACAAGUAAAAUUAAUCUUUAAAUAUAAAUGUAAAUUAGUACACAAAACUAAGAAUCUUUAGACUUAUCUUUGUAACUAAUUAGGGUGGAAGUUAUAAAAAGAAUGUAAUUCACUAAAUUAUUUUUUAAAUGAAACCUUUCUUUCUUUUUGAAACCAAAUGUUAAACUAUAGCCUUAAGAAAUGCUUGGUAGAAAUAUCCUAAUGAGACAAAUUUGUACUUCUUUCCUCAAGGUUAAAACUAAUCUUCUAAUCCAUUAAACUCUUGAACAGGUAUUACAGAGGAAGAAAACUUCACCCCUUAUCCUUAACAUAUAUAGUAUAUUUAAAAAUGUAAAAUUGUAUUGUACUAAUGUGAUGGUUGAUUAUUUAA